UUGUAACACAAUACGCGGACCGCCAUGAACAAAUCCUCGUCGAAGGAGCCUUAAAAUUAUUAUGUCACCGGCUUAGUCAAGUAACCACGAAAGCUUAACAUGACUGAUAUACAAUUAUAUCGGGAUAAAACGGGGAGCUUGCCCUAUUUGUCGCACUGGGCACAAAAGGAACCCGCUAAGCACAGAUUUAUGGCAGGGAACACAGAUCACUGGGCAAAGAUGAAACAUAAGGUUGCUACAUUUUCCAUUCGAGACACGAGAGGACAAGUGAAGACGUUCCACGGUGAUCGAAUGCGGCACGAGCAACAUCCAGACAAGAAGUCAGAAGAAAAACUCCUCAAGUUCCGGCACGAAAUUGACGGGACCUUAACGCGUAUAGGUGGGCCAAAUUUCAGCGACAUUCUCGUCAAAGAGCUACACGGUAACUUGCCAGGGGAUUACCACAAGCCACGACCCUUGCCUCCCAAACUGUUGAGGACAUCAGUUAAUGCUAGGGCUAGAGAGGGGUACUUGUACUGGUAUAUGGAGAAGCCACCACCAAAGAAGGGUACGACCACGUUUGGCUCAGACAAAACCUUCCUUGGAUUGGGCAAAAGGUUUUUUCCCUGAUUAUGGUCUAAUCAGCUGGCUGGUUUGAACACUUGCGAUUGAAUUAACGUUGCAUCGGUGUACUGUUGAAUCGUGCAAUAUGAUAUACAUACAUUCAGCAAUAUUUUACGCGCCGUAUAAAACAAUUAAAUUGGGUAUUAAUAGAGGUGUAAGUUCUUAAAUUCUGAAUAUACGUAGCAUGCGCAUGCAUGCAUCAAGCUUGCACGUACUGUUAUUGUAGCAGAAUUGAAUCUUGUCCCAUGCUUUCGAUCAAUUGGGGCAAGCGAGUGACUCGGGGAAAGAAACGAGAUCACACUCAGGAUAGAAGAAGCAACAGCUUCCUUUCAUGUCCUGCUCUACUGCAGGAGUGUAUCCAAGCAUUUUUGAUAGGUGGGGGGAGCUUAAAACUUGUAUUCACAAAAAGGAGAAUUUUUUUCUUUCCCUAUAGCCAGCCCACAUUUUUUAGGGUGCUGACAAAUAUGUCUAAACGAAUGGAUUUCUAAAUACUUCACACUGAGUAGUAAAUGGCGUUUCGGAAGUUUUGGUGUCAGACAAGAAGUGGAAAAACACCACAGGUCUGAAGGGACGGGAGGAGGGGAGGGGGUGGGGGCUGGGAUUCUCCAAUCCCUCAUUUGUACCCACCACUUUGGUGUUCGGAGUUUGUUUUUCUUUCGUCAUUGGGCGAGAUGAGUGAGAAAAGCUAGAGCUUUACUUGAAAAGAGAUUAGGAGGAUUAAAUGUAAGAAUGAGACAGAACCCUUCCCUUCCAGAUGUAAACAAAGCAUUUGAUUUCCCUCCUCGCUCGUAGGCUCGUAAGAGGAAAAAAAAGCCAGACUACAAGUGGACCAGGUCGUUUCUUCUAGAGUAGAACAAGAUUUCCGGAAUCAUUUCAAAAACAAUUAAGAAUACUAAUUGGUUAAUGGUUUUUCUCUUGUUUGUUUUUAAAUUGGUAAAAUACGUGAAAAUCCUCUUCUCACGAGAUCAUAACAAUAAGCUUGGCGAACUGUAAAUAGCGCCGACAGAGUACGCCCGUCAACUAGGAAAGGGCGAACCUCCAUGCAUGCGAUCACUAAGCAAAUGAUUGAAUUAUCAGAUGGACCGUCACAUCUGUAAUAUAUUAACAUCUCCAGUCCUAAUGCAUGUGGUUGGUUGUAGUCGAUGCGAAACCGGCAGCGAGAGCACGCGAAUUGCAUGCGAUGAACGUAAACAAAAAUUGUUCCGAGGGAAUAAUGCUGCUAGAUUUCAAGAGUUUAAAUGCUUUUUCUUUUUAUUAGUAAAGAUCAAAUUUAAUCUACUGUUUGUAGUUUGUCUCCUAACAAAAUUCAACGCAAUUAUUAUACCUAGACCCUCAAGGAUAUACUACUUGGAUUAGUUGCUCUUAACACUGAGACAAUACAAGAACAAUUUCCUCGGGACGAAUAUUAAAAACGGCACAACUCUUAAUCCAGCAAGUAUAAAGAGGCCCUCUACUACACUUGUAAAGGUCACAGUUUACCCUGAAACAGAAUAUGAUUCGGUCAUUCACCUUCCUGUACUUUAUACCGUCCUUUGUGACCAAUGCAGUCUUGUGUGGUGCUUUCUGUCUUUUUUGCUGUUGCAACCUGAUACGUCAUAUAUUGAACAUCCUUUUGGGACGAACAUGAUUGAUUGAAAUGUAUUUAACUAGUAAUUCCGCUGAUAAAAAUUCUCGACUGAAUCGCCAAAGUGAUUAUAAUGGACGUAACAGGGUUGUCUAGGAGUUAAAACAUCAUUAACGAAAUUUAUCGGUAGUCAUCACUCCACGGUUCCUCCCAUUGCUCGAGCACCUUUAAAAUUCUUGUGCUUCCGUUUUGUCCCGUCAAAUAAUAGUGUGCUAAGAAGAAAACUAUGCGCUUAAAACUAUGUCCUAAUCAAAUAAGGAUUGAUCACUUUAUCAGAGGAUAUGAUGGGAUAUUUGUAAAGUGAUUUGUUGUAAGCAUAUUUCCGGAUCAGUUGCAACAACUUAGAAGUCCAUAAAUAUCUUUGAAGUAAUUCAAAUUCUCAGCAGGGAUGUAGGGAUGUUAAUAUUUUCGAACUUUAUCACGGUAAUUCAAAAUAAAAAAAGAAAUUCGUCACCCAAAUGAAA